GUUAGGCGAGCAACCACGUACACGAAGUUUCGUUGUUGUUGGUUACUUCUAUUGGAAUUAGUGGAUAAAUUGAUGUUAUGUGUUAUUCAGUGAAUAAAAAACGAUAAAUGAGAGUGGCAUUUAAUAAUUUUCUUCACAAAACUUGAAGUUCAAAAUGCGGCCACGACAAGUUCUUUGUUUCAUUAUAAUCUAUUCCAUAUUUCACGAAACUGAAGAAGUAGUAUACAAAAAUAUUGGGAAAUUGUCGCCAAAUCAACAAAUUUUAGAGCGAGAGCGAUUCAUUAACAAAGUAUCACUAACACAAAAUGGUUACAUACAGUUCCUGAAGUACAUUACUGAUGUUCCACCUAUGACAGAGUAUACUUUUUGUAUUUGGCUGAGAAGUAACAAUCUCACUUAUAAUCAUCCAAUAUUAUCUUAUUCCAAAUCAGAAGAAGAACGGCUUAUACGUUUUUGGAUAGGACCACAUGGGAAAAACAUCAACUUGGAAAUAGAUGGUAAUAUAAUUUUUGAUGUUCCGGUGAAUAUUAUUGAAAACAGAUGGUAUCAUAUUUGUCAGUCCUGGUCUUCAUUCCGUGCAGUAUGGGUCUUAUAUUUGAAUGGCAAGAUAAAAUCAGGUGGAUCUCAUCCUAAGUUGAAAGGAUCAUUCAUUAAAGGAGGAGGUGACAUUGUCGUUGGUCAAGAAUACACCGAUUUUGAUAAAGGUCUAGAUGACGGUAUAGAAGGUGAUAUAACUGGUUUCAACUUCGUACUAUCUGCUACCACCGAUAAUCCAAAAUAUUUUCAAAAGCAACCACUAAGCAGGAUUUAUCACAUACCACCUAUAAAAUAUACCAAGUCACCUAUAAAUUAUUCGGCUGCAUCACGAAUCAUUCCUCUUAAACCUACAACAUAUGAAAAUUAUAAGACUCUUCCUAGCGCACUUGAAAAUGAGAAGGAAGAAUCUAUAGGAUAUGAGGUGGUUGAACCUACACGAGAUUCAAAAGGUCUCUUGGAUCUUUUCAGGAAUAUGUUCGCUGAUAAUAAUCCACCAAGAGUGAGAGUAGUUCAGAAAUAUAUGCCAAUGAAAACUUUUAAAUCAAAUAAUAGAAGAUCAGCUGAAAGGUUUUCUCAAAAUGAAAUAGGAGAAGUAAAGAAAUCUCUUGGAUUGCUCUUAGUUGAACUGAGUUUUGACUGUGGAUAUAAAAAAGGUGCACCUUUGAGUGGUCCGAGGGUUCUUAUUAAUUGGACCAAAAGUCCAGUGAGAGUGUUCGGAGGUGCUAUUUUGAAAACUAUACCUGCUUUCUGCUAUGAAAAUUCGGUGAAAACUAUUACUGACGUUUAAAACUCUCAACGGUGGACAAUUAUAAUGAUAAAGAAAUUUCGAAUGUGUGAUUUAAAAUGAAGUGCAGAUACUUUGAGCACUAUUUUUGUAGAUUAUUACACAAAUGUGAAUUGUUAAUUUGAGAUUAAGUCUGUAUUUAUUUGUGAAUAUGUGAAACGUAAUACUGGUCAAAAGGUAAAAUUUG